AUGUCAUCAACAACUAAAGCGGGAAUGAGCCCGGCUGUCGACUUCCGUCAUCUCAUAUCGGUUUGUGUCGCCGCUGCACAGGGAGCAGCGGGCAUCAUUCAAGAUGUCCACGACAAGGGCUCGUUGGGGUUGGUCGAAAAAGGUUGCGGUGUUGAUUCGUUCACCGGAAGACCGAUGGACGAUCCUCAGACAGAAGCCGAUCGCCGUGCUGAGGCCUACAUAAUGUCUAUUUUAAAAACACAGGUACCUAAUCUCGAUCCGACGAGCAUCGUUGGCGAAGAAAGCGAAGAGGGGGAAAGUGAGGGGGAUGAAUCGGAAGCAGUGGAUGCUGUUCAAGGCUCUGAAGCUCCUGAAGCAAGGCCUGUGUUCACGGAAGCGGUAUUAAAUGCAUGGCCAGAUGAUCUUAGAUCAGUGCCGGCCUCGUCAAUAGCGCUUUGGGUGGACCCUCUUGAUGGUACUUCUGAGUUCACAAGAGGCAAUUUAGGAAGCGUAACCACUCUUAUAGGAAUCAGCGUGAAUAACAGAGCAACGGCAGGCAUCAUCGUUCGCCUAGUCGAUCGAGAAACUUUUGUGGGAGUAGUUGGCGUUGGUGUUUUCCGGACGCGCCCAGGAGAAAGCAUUGAGGCCGUGAGCAGACCUGAGCGUGUUGAUGUUGACAUUGCAGACGGACUUGACAUUUGCACAACAAGAACUAAAACUGCUCCUGUUGUCGUGGCGGCAUUCGAAAAUCUCGGACCAAAAACUCGAACUCUGAAACACGGAGGUGCUGGAAGGAAGUUCCUCGACGUCGUGACGGGCGUUGCUGACGCGUAUCUGUAUCCGAGACCGGGCACAAAAAGAUGGGACAGCUGUGCAGGCGAAGCCCUUUUACUUGCACUAGGCGGUAAUGUGACCGACGCCAUCGGAGACAUAAUAGAAUACCACAUUUUCCGUAAAUCCACUGACGUUCUCACUAAUGGCGCUGAUCCUGAGCAUCCGUACUUGAACGCUUAUGGCCUGGUGGCUAGCAUAAGAGGGCCUGAAUUCCAUUAUAAGGUCUUGCUUCCUGCAGUCUACAAGGCUGUUGCUGAGCAUGCUCCGACAUUUCCGUUGUCAAGUGAACGAAAACACGAGGCGGCUAUUUGA